AUGAUUCCCAUCUUUCUUGUUGUGUUAGUUGCUCAAGCCGAAUAUCUCAUGACCACCUACGAUGAAUAUGUGAAUGUCUAUCAACUCGAUAAAUGUUAUUACACUGGAAGCAACAAGUAUACAAAAUACGUUAAAGAUGGCAAGAAGGCAAGAAUUUUCACAUCAAAUACAUGUGAUAAUUGGGUUGAUGAAGGCUCUUUUGAGCUUGAAAACAAUCAAUUGUUUUCGAAUAACCUUCCAGAAUACUCAGCAGUUGCUUAUUCAAACAUUGAUGCGGAACACUGCACCAUCAAAGGAAGUGGACCAUAUCCAUUAGAAAUGUUAAUCAAAACCGGAUGUGUCAAAACAUCAUUUACAACCUCAUCGAAAUCAGAAUUUGUAGAUGGGUGGUUCCAUAAAUACACGUAUAAUACAUCAACCACAUGUGCUGGAACUCCAACAAAUGUUGUGACCAAGGGACUGGGAAUAUGCUUUACAGAUAAAGAAGGAUUGUAUUACACAAUCAGAGACUCUGCAGCAACAUUUUCAAUGUUGGUUGCAUUGAUAUUGGCUCUAUUAAUUUAUAUAAAAAUGAGUCAUUUCUUAUGUUGUUUACAUUUUUAG